GCGCGUCCGGUUUUUCUCAGGGGACGUUCAAAUUAUUUUUGUAACGGGAGUCGAGAGAGGACGGGGCGUGCCCCGACGUGCGCGCGCGCGCGCCGGCUUCUCCGCGCUCCUUCAUAGCUCCCUGGCGCCUGCCUUGGGAGCGCGUCAUGCCGCCCAAAACCCCCCGAAGAGCUGCGGCUGCCGCCGCCGCCGCUGUGGAACCCCCGGCGCCGCCGCCGCCGCCCCCUCCUGAGGAGGACCCGGAGCAGGACAGUGGCCCGGAGGACCUGCCUCUGGCCAGGCUUGAAUUUGAAGAAACCGAAGAACCUGAUUUUACUGCCUUAUGUCAGAAAUUAAAGAUACCAGAUCAUGUCAGAGAAAGAGCUUGGUUAACUUGGGAGAAAGUUUCAUCUGUGGAUGGAGUAUUGGAAGGUUAUAUUCAAAAGAAAAAAGAACUGUGGGGAAUCUGUAUCUUUAUUGCAGCAGUUGACCUAGAUGAGAUGCCAUUCACUUUCACUGAGCUGCAGAAAAACAUAGAAACAAGUGUCUAUAAAUUCUUUGACUUACUAAAAGAAAUUGAUACCAGUACGAAAGUUGAUAAUGCUGUGUCAAGACUGUUGAAGAAGUAUGAUGUACUGUGUGCACUCUACAGUAAAUUAGAAAGGACAUGUGAACAUAUAUACUUGAAACAACCCAGCAGUUCGAUAUCUACUGAAAUAAGUUCUGUGUUGGUGCUAAAAGUUUCUUGGAUCACGUUUUUACUAGCAAAAGGAGAAGUAUUACAAAUGGAAGAUGAUCUGGUGAUCUCAUUUCAGUUAAUGCUAUGUGUGCUUGACUAUUUUAUCAAACUUUCACCUCCUGCACUGCUCAAAGAACCAUAUAAAACAGCUGUAAUACCCAUUAAUGGUUCACCUCGAACACCCAGACGAGGUCAAAACAGGAGUGCACGGAUAGCAAAACAACUAGAAAAUGAUACAAGAAUUAUUGAAGUUCUCUGUAAAGAACAUGAAUGUAAUAUAGAUGAGGUGAAAAAUGUUUAUUUCAAAAAUUUUAUACCUUUUAUGAAUUCUCUUGGAAUUGUAGCUUCUAAUGGACUUCCAGAGGUUGAAAGUCUCUCUAAGCGAUAUGAGGAAAUUUAUCUUAAAAACAAAGAUCUAGAUGCAAGAUUGUUUUUGGAUCAUGAUAAAACUCUUCAGACUGAUCCUACAGACAGUUUUGACACACAAAGAACACCUCGAAAAAGUAACACUGAUGAAGAGGUGAAUGUGAUUCCUCCGCAUACUCCAGUUCGGACUGUUAUGAAUACUAUCCAACAAUUAAUGAUGAUAUUAAAUUCAGCAAGUGAUCAGCCAUCAGAAAAUCUGAUUUCCUAUUUCAAUAACUGCACGGUGAAUCCAAAAGAAAAUAUUCUGAAAAGAGUAAAAGAUAUUGGACACAUCUUCAAAGAGAAAUUUGCUAAAGCUGUGGGACCAGGAUGUGUUGAAAUUGGAUCACAGCGAUAUAAACUUGGAGUUCGAUUAUAUUACCGAGUAAUGGAAUCCAUGCUUAAAUCUGAAGAAGAACGAUUAUCCAUUCAAAAUUUUAGCAAACUUCUGAAUGACAACAUCUUUCAUAUGUCUUUGUUGGCGUGUGCUCUUGAAGUUGUAAUGGCUACCUAUAGCAGAAGUACAUCUCAGAAUCUUGAUUCUGGAACAGAUUUGUCCUUCCCAUGGAUUCUGAAUGUACUUAAUUUAAAAGCCUUUGAUUUUUACAAAGUGAUUGAAAGUUUUAUCAAAGCAGAAGCCAACUUGACAAGAGAAAUGAUAAAACAUUUAGAACGAUGUGAACAUCGAAUCAUGGAAUCCCUUGCAUGGCUCUCAGACUCGCCUUUAUUUGACCUUAUUAAACAAUCCAAGGACCGAGAAGGACCAGCUGAUCACCUUGAAUCUGCUUGUUCUCCCAACCUUCCUUUCCAGAAUAAUCACACUGCAGCAGAUAUGUAUCUUUCACCUGUAAGAUCCCCAAAGAAAAAAGGUUCAAGUACACGUGUAAAUUCUACUGCAAAUGCAGAGACACAAGCAACCUCAGCCUUCCAGACUCAGAAGCCAUUGAAAUCUACUUCCCUUUCACUCUUUUACAAAAAAGUGUACCGGCUAGCGUAUCUCCGACUAAAUACCCUAUGUGCAAGCCUUCUGUCUGACCAUCCAGAACUAGAACACGUCAUCUGGACCCUUUUCCAGCAUACACUGCAAAAUGAGUAUGAACUCAUGAGAGACAGGCAUUUGGAUCAAAUUAUGAUGUGUUCUAUGUAUGGCAUAUGCAAAGUGAAGAAUAUAGACCUUAAAUUCAAAAUCAUUGUAACAGCAUACAAGGAACUUCCUCAUGCUGUUCAAGAGACAUUCAAACGUGUUUUGAUCAGAGAAGAGGAGUAUGAUUCCAUUAUAGUAUUCUAUAACUCAGUUUUCAUGCAGAGACUGAAAACAAAUAUUUUGCAGUAUGCUUCCACAAGGCCUCCUACCUUGUCACCAAUACCUCACAUUCCUCGAAGCCCUUACAAGUUUUCUAGUUCACCCUUACGGAUUCCUGGGGGAAAUAUCUAUAUAUCACCCCUUAAGAGUCCAUAUAAAAUUUCAGAAGGUCUGCCAACACCAACAAAAAUGACUCCAAGAUCAAGAAUCUUAGUGUCAAUUGGUGAAUCAUUUGGGACUUCCGAGAAGUUCCAGAAAAUAAAUCAGAUGGUAUGUAACAGUGACCGUGUGCUCAAAAGAAGUGCUGAAGGAAGCAAUCCUCCUAAACCACUGAAAAAACUACGCUUUGACAUUGAAGGAUCCGAUGAAACUGAUGGCAGUAAACAUCUCCCAGGGGAGUCCAAAUUUCAACAGAAACUGGCAGAAAUGACAUCUACUCGAACACGAAUGCAAAAACAGAAAAUGAAUGAUAGCAUGGAUACCUCAAACAAGGAAGAACAGUGAGGAUCUCAGGACCUUGGUGGACACUUGUACACUGUGUACGCCUCUGGCUUCAUUCUCUCACAGAUGUGACUGUAUAACUCUCCCAAGUUCUGUUUACAGCCACAUUAAUAUCUUUUUUGUAGAUAUAAAGUGUGCAGAUACAAGUUGAAUAUUUGUGUGGGUGAUUCCUAAGCCACUUUCAAUGUUGUAUUCAGUGGUAUAUGCAUUGUUAUUAUACAAGAUUGGAAAUCUUGUGUAAUCCUGCCAUUAAAAAGGUAUAGCAGAUCAUUUGCAUUUCCAAAGUAAAAUUGUUCUGCUUUAUGAAUGAAUUGAGGCUGCCUCUGGAGUGGGAGUACUAACAACCCAUGCCUGUCUGACUACUUUGUCUUCCCUUGUAGCAUAUGUGUGAUGUUUGCUCUUGGUUUUAUUAAUUUAUAUGUAUAUUUUUUUAAUUUAACAUAAACACCCUUAGAAAAUGUGUCCUGUCUUCCAAAUGCAAUUCGACUGCCUGCCCAUUCACUCAAAUUAUCCUGAACUCUUCUGCUAAAACAGAUUAUUAUUAGAAACUAGGGAAAAAAUUAAUCUUUACACAUUAGAUUUUAUUUAGUAUUGGAAUCUGAUGUAUUGUGUGCUUGUUUUACAAAUUUUAGCUUUUACAUACAAGCAAAAAACAAAGUACAGACAUGAUACUGUCAUACUACUGACACAGAUUUCAUACCUCAGAACUUACAAGAAUUUCUUUUUUCAUCCAAACUCAUGGUUUAAAAUGCAGAUUAUUGGUAGUACUUUUUUUUUUUUUUUUUAACCAUUCAGAUCACUGAAUUUUUAAGUAUCUAUCUGGUACUUGAAAAAGUAAAGUGUCUAAUCAGAGCUUUGCUGCAGAGGACCCUAAUACAGUAUAUCCCAAGUGCACUUUCUAAUGUUUCUGGGUCCUGAAGAAUCAAGAUACGAAUUAAUUUUAUUCCAUAGCAGACUGUUAACUAUAGAAGCCUUGCGAUUAUUUUUGUGUGUGUUUCCCUUAGGGAUUUGUCUAAUUGCAUCUCAACAAUUAUUCUACCCUCCUAAAUUUGGGAAGGUUUGUGUUUUCUCUGGAAUGGUACAUGUCUUCCAUGUAUCUUUUGAACUGGCAAUUAUUUAUCCUCUGUUUUUUUCUAAGUCAGUAUGGUCUAACACUGGCACAUUAAAAGCCACAUUAUUUCUAGGCCAACAUUGCAAGUAAUCAAAGGUCUUGUAAGUUAGGCAUUAAUGUUUCUGACUUUAUGCAAAAGCUUCAAAUUAAAAUAGCUGCAUUAGAAAGAAGCGCUUUCCCCCUUCCCCUGCACCUAAAGGUGUAUUUAAACUAUCUUGUGUGAUUAACUUAUUUAGAGAUGGUAUAAUUUAAAAUAGGUGGUAUUUAAGAUUGCAUCAGCUAGCAUUUAGGAAAAUCAUUUUGUCUAAACUCAAGAGUUCUCUUUAAAAAGAAAUCUGGUUUUAUUUCUUAGAAAACAAAAUUUUGUGUUUAAAUUUCAAACUAUUUUGACAGUUAUCCUGAUAACAGGCACUAGAAAGCUUUACCCCAUUCCUUCAUUAAGUUUUGCAUGAAUAGCAUACAGUUCAGUUAAUAUCUAUGUCAAGGGCUUACCAUAUUCUGGGUCUUUUGCUCAUCAAUUUACAUUAGAAUUAGUGACAGAAUUUUAGGAAUUUCAGAGAUCGUGUAUUGAGAUUCUUAAGACUUCAGAUGUUGCUUUAUUGCUUUUUUGUACUGGUUAAAACUGUACAUUUAAAAUGGCUAUGUUACUAUUUUCUACAAUUAAUAGUUUGUCUAUUUUAAAAUAAAUUAGUUGUCAAGAGUC